CAAGAAGUUUUAAGACUGUAAACUUGGGUUGGUUUGUGAAUGUGUAUUGGUUCAUUUCAUACAAAUCAUCUCAGCAAGAGUUAAACAAGACAAUGGUUUUGGUUGAAGCUCUUCUCAAUCUUCUUGAAGACUGUUUUUAUUGGACUAGUCUUCACAUGUAGUCAGCAGCGGGAAGAACAGGAUCCGCCCGACACACCCUCUCAUUGAAGGUGAGGAGUAGUGCUAUGGCCUCAAACAUCCCGGCUCUUCUUCUCCUGUCCGCGGCAUUAGUCACGACUACAGUCGGCUUUGUGAGAUGCGGCAUGUAUGAGAAAGACUCUGUAGUCUGUGAUUUUUGGAGAUCUGAGUUCUGCUGUGGGACCUGUGAUGAAAGCUACUGCUGCGCUGAUCCACAAAAAAAAUUUACUAUUAGAGCACAAAGUCACUGUCAUUUCAAAGACCUCAGGCCUAAAUAUUCUCCUCAAAGCGACGCUGUUUCUAUUGCUGUCAGUGCCUCCAUAAUAGGCCUUGUAGCUUUCAUCAUUUUGUUCCUCAUCUGCUGGGUCUGUCCACGCUGCUAUCUCUAUAAGAGGUUCAGAAGUCCUAGACCUGUGAUUACGACAGCUACGGUCGUCACGACACAAUACCUUCCCCAGCCUUCAGCCGUCAUUCAGGGCAGUCAGUACCUUCCCUACCAGGCUCGGCCAAAUAUCCCACCUUAUGGAGGCCAACCGAUUCCAGCUGGAUCACCACCCUCAUAUCAGGAGGCUGUAGGUCCAGUGUAUACUUUUCCCAUCCAUGAUGGUGGUCAGGCCACGUAUCCUCUACAGUUACUGCUGCCCACAGACUACACUUCACCUCAACCAGUGUACAACCCUGCUUACACCAGCUGCACCAGUUCAGUCAAGACCAGUAACUAAACCCAAACCAAUGCAUUCUGGAGGGUUACAUAUUUCUGCUCUGCUGUUGUGAAUUGUGCAGCUACUGUGGAUACUAUCGUACAACGGAGUUUGAGAAUACAAGUAUUGUUCUCCGUUAAUAUUGCCGUAUUUAUGCUCUACUGUUCACCAUUAAGUACACA